AUGUGGUGGAGGGCAUCACACUGGUCAUUAGCCCUUGUUCUCUUCAUUUUUCUGCUGGUUAUCCUGGGCUACAUGUCAGAAAAUGAUCACAUGCAAAUUCCUCGGCAACAGUUCAAUGCUUUCCAAGUCCCUUGUGGACAUGCAGGAUGCAAGCAGUACUUCAAGACUACUGCUGGAUGUACCAAGCACAUCCUUUCUGCCCAUCCCAUCAUGUCUUUCCCACCUCCAGAGGACUAUGAUAAUGGUCUGGCAGAUUCUGACCAGCAAGAAGGUCACCCAUGUGACGAGCAUGGAAAUUUUCUUCCUGAUGGCACACCCCCUCCACCUGCUGAGCCCAGGUCAUGCAAUGACUGGACCCCAUUCAGAAACCAUGUUGAAUUUGAAACAGCUGAGUUUCUCUACAUUCAAAACCAGAUGCCAGCUAAUCAGGCUGAUUGUCUGUUAAACCUUUGGGCAACUACACUCCUCAAACAUGGCAAUUCACCACCAUUUGCAGAUCAUUGCAACCUUUAUGCUACCAUUGAUUCAAUUCCUUUGGGGGGGGUGAAGUGGCAGGGUUUCUCAUGCACAUACUCAGAUGAGAAGCCUGAUGGAAACUACCCACCCUGGAUGGAUGGGAGUUAUGAUGAAGUUGUUUGCAAAAUAUUAGCAAAUCCCACAUACUCUGAUGAAAUGGACUAUCAGUCCUAUCACAAAUAUUCUACCAAUGGAGAUGAGCAUCAGUUUCAGGAUUUCAUGUCUGCUGAUUGGACUUGGGACCAGGCAGACAUCAUUACUGGAGACCCAGAGACACUUGGCUCAACAUUCAUGCCCAUCAUCCUCAGCAGCGAUGAAAUGACGGUUUCAGUUGCAACCAGAAAUAAUGAAUAUUAUCUGCUCUAUUUAUCCAUAGGAAAUGUACACAACAAUGUUCAACAUGCACAUCAAGAUGCAGUAGCUAUCAUUGGGUUCCUUGCAAUGCCUGAAACAAUGAAGGAGUAUGCUGAAGAUCCGAAGUUUCAUGCAUUCAGACACCAGUUGUCUCAUUCAUUGCUCUCCCACAUACUCGAAACCCUUAGGCCAGUGAUGACAAAGCCAGAAGUUGCUAAGUUUGGAGAUGGGCAUUUUUGGCAGGUGAUUUAUGGCUUGGGGCCUUACAUAGCAGAUUAUGAGGAGCAAGUGCUCCUUGUGUGUAUACCAUUCAUGAACAAUUUCCCACAAGCCGACAUUUACCACCUGAUUGCCCCCAAUCUUUUGCAUCAAGUCAUUAAGGGUGCCUUGAAGGACCACCUCGUGGCCUGGGUGGAGUUAUAUAUCAUGAAGACACAUGGAAAAUGCAAUGGCCUCCACAUCUUAGAUGACAUUGACCACAGAAUAGCAGCUAUUGCCUCAUUUGCAGGCCUGCACCACUUCCUACAAGGGCAGGGCUUCAAGCAGUGGAUGGGGGACAACUCGAAAGCCCUCAUGAAGGUUUACUUGGCUGCAAUUGAGGGCCAUGUACCACAGGAUAUUGUUUGUGCAUUCUGCACAUUUCUAGAAUUUUGCUACCUUGUACACCAAAAUACCAUCACUGAGAGCACUCUGGAUGAGAUUGAAGAUGCCCUCUCCUGUUAUCAUCACUACUGCACAAUUUUUACAGAGUCUGGCACAAUUCCCACCUUCUCACUGCCAUGCCAACAUUCCCUUGUCCACUAUGCCUACCUUAUUCGGCAAUUUGGUGCUCCCAAUGGACUCUGCUCAUCUAUCACCAAGAGCAAACAUAUCAAGGCUGUCAAAGAGCCAUGGAGGCGCUCAAGCAAAUACAAAGCACUCAGUCAGAUGUUAGUUACUAACCAGCAUCUCAAUAAGCUGGCAGCUGCAUGUGUUGACUUCGCCAAUCACAAGAUGUUAGAUAAUACUUGUCUUGCAGCAGAACUUGAAGCUCUCACUUUGUGUUAUGCAGAAAGAAAACACACUCACGAUGUAUUGGCACUAGCUGAAGAAUUGGAACUUCCCUGUUUUCCUGAUUUGAUUUGCUGGUUUCUUUUUGAGCAGAUGCACAGGCCAGAUGAUGACCAAAAUCCAGCAGAAAUUCCCCUCACUGGCUGUCCUAGGUUUGCAGGGAAAAUCUCCCUCUUUAACUCUGUGUCUUCAAGGUUCUACACACCAAGUGACAUUAGUGGAAUCAGAGGCAUGCACGUCAAACAUAUCUGUGCAUGCCCUUUGUGGCAGAAUGAAGCUCCACGCAAUGACUGCAUUUUCAUCAGCACAGGAUCCAUCACAAGGGUCCACACCUUCUUUUCAUUCAAAUAUAGCAGUGAAAAUUUUCUGUGCACCAUCAUGCACUGGUUUGAUGUCAUUGGAGACUCGCCUGAUGAAGAUACUGGGAUGUGGAUGGUUCGUCCAGCAUACAGUGCUAACUGUGCACCUUUACAUAGUAUCAUACAUGUGGACACAAUCUACCGCACUGCUCACCUCAUCCCCAUCUACAGCAGGCAUUUUCUUCCUCCAAACAUCAAUCUACAUGUUUCUUAUGACACUUUUUGUGCUUACUAUGUCAACAAAUUUAUUAACCAUCAUGUGUUUGAAAUUGCUUCAUAA